AUGGCGGCGACGGUUCCCGGCGCCCAAACGGUGGGCAUACCAAGGGGGAAAAAAGAGGAGUUCGCCAAGGUGCUGGGAUUGCAGCCGGAGCGGAACAAGAGGGAGCUGUACGCCAUUUUCAACGCGGACAACCUAUCACGGUUCUACGUGCCAGCGGUCAUGAUGGGCCAUAUUUCGCCGACGCCGCCAUCUUCGCGGACUGUACAUAUUCUGGGUCGGGAUGAGCGGUCAUUGUUCUUGUCGCACGCUCUGCACGAUAUCUACGACUCGGUGAAACUCGUUAACUUGCCGACGAACACGGCCUAUCCGAACAUUACCGGAAACAUGGGAGUAAAACAGAACGCCGGAGGUUGGAGUGAGCGAAACGCCUCUAUCGAUCAGGCUAGGGAACCGGAACAAGAAGAUGGGCACAUCAGCAAUCUGGUGGUUGCCGGUAGGCCAAGUGAGGCCGUCAAACUACUCGAGCGGGUGAAACACCGGGUGGAUGACCGGACGGCUGUCUGCCUUGUUCAGGAUGGACUUGGAAUCGCCCAGGCCGUCAACAACAGAGUCUUUCUAGAUGAGGAAAAGCGUCCGUCAAUCGUGCUUGGACACAUCGGUCAUCCCCUGACGUACAAUCGCAAAACCAAUUCGGUCAGGGUGAUGAGCCCCGAGUACGAAUCCGUCUUGACGGGCUUACCGCCAUUGGUGAGCAAGAACAAGAAGAGUCGCUGGGCAGAUCCUCGGUUGCGGAUGCAGGGCAUGCUGCAUAAGUUUGAGGCAUCGGACGUGUUGAAGGCCAAGCGUGUGAGGCUCGGCAAUUGGCUGAAUCUCAAAAUCACGUCGCUCAUGUUUUCGGCCGUCGUGGACCCGAUCUGCGUCAUGCUGGACUACCGCUACGAGCAGCUCAUUUACAACCCGACGGCAAACCAGCUCAUCACGCAGCUGCUUGGCGAGAUUGCCGAUGUUGUGGCGCGUAUGGACGAGGUCAAGCACUCGUCGGAGCUGCAGGCCCUUCUCCGGGGUGAGGGCAUGCGCAAGGAGAUCAUGGGGAAGCUCAGGGGCAAGGGAAAUGCGCCAAGCGAGAUGGUGCUACAGAUUCAACGCGGCAUGCUGACGGACAUAGACUAUAUCAACGGGUUCUUCAUCAAGAGGGGAAGCCAGCUGGGGUUGAAGCUGCCUGCUAACGAACUGGUCGUGCGCAUGGUGAAGGCGAAGCACAAGGCGCAGCUGGAGAAGAAUAGGGGAUACAUCCCAUUGGAAGUGACCUCAAGGAGAUGA